ACAUCAUGAUUUAACAGCUCAAACUUUAUUUUGAGACACCCUACUAGGGAUAUUCUUGGUCUAUGCUUAAUUUGUGCAUGCAACUUUAAAUUCUUCUAAGUUUUGAUUAUUGGGUGGAACAAAUGGAAUAAUCCUAAGUAGAAGAAAAAAGUGAAUAAUAAUUUCUACAUAGUUUGCUGUGAAUAGUGAGUGGUAUCUGUGAUAAAUUGAAAAUUGGCAUAUUUUUGGAAUAACAAUUUGUUAAAUGUGAAAUGCAAUAGAUAACAAUACUGAAAAACGUACUAAGAAAAUAUAGAAUAAUGCCUGUCCUAAGCCCCCAUCGCAGCUCAUCUUCCGGUCUGAGCGGUUCCUACAGAUCCACCUUCAGUUCAUCAGCACUAGAUAGACCAUUCUACUCAUCGACAUCGUACAGUCCAAGAUUCAACACCUACAGCGAGAGAUAUACAAGUAGAAGCUUUACAGAUUCAGAUGGCCGCAGAAUAUACACUAGAUCUGGCUCUAUUACCGAAGAUGGGGUGACAACAAGAUUCAGAGAGGAAUCUCGGGAACCCAGCCUCAAACGUGAUUCCAUUUCCCGGGAUUCGGGAAUAAGUUCGAUCAGAGAAAAUUCGAUUUCCGAUUAUCCACGAAGGGAGAGUUCCUUAACUCGAAGUGACCGAUUGUCGCACGUCAACGUCAUCGAUUCUGUGGCCGAACUAAGAAAUAAAUACUCACCAGCCAAUUACGUGCCUGCUUGUAUGAGAAAAAAUGAAAAUUUAUCGAGGUCUAAGUCUAACAAUGAUAUAGGUUUGCCUCCUCUAGAAGUGAAAUCGACAAAGAAAAAGGUAAACGAUAGAGUGGACAGUAUUUAUACUAACAGUGUGGCAUACUCUAACAAUACUAAUACUGACAAUUUGACUGAUGAAGACGAUAACGGCAACCGAACAUCAGUCGCAGAUUUGUGCAAAAGGUUCGAUGACAAACUCUCUAGAACAGUGAAAAACGGUACUAGCCUCACCAACAAGACAUCGGAGGUCAAGUCCAAAAUUUCCGAACUAACCAAUGGCGUCAAACCCCUAAGCGGCAAGACAAAAACCGCCAACGUCAAAAAAUCUAUUAGCAAUGGCUCGGUCGCCAAAAAGAACGACGCGUCAUCCAUUAAAUGUCAAAAUAACGUUGAUGUUUUACAGUCUAACUCAAAAUUGGAAGUGAAUGAAGAUUCGGAUUUGAAAAAUGGGACAGAAGUCGAGAGGGAGGAGGUGAGCGAAGAAGGAGCAAGUAAUCAUUCCCUCUCGAAGAACGGUUCAAGAGUAAAUAAUUUUUCUUCUUACAUUUCUAUUUCGACCAAGGACUUUCAGAGGGGGGAUGAAAAUCAAUCAGAUCAGAAAAAUGAUAUGGAUACUAAAGAAUAUAUCGGAAAAGUAAUACAAAAUACAGAUCUGUCGACAUCUCCAAAAGUAACAAGAACAGCAAUCUCUCCAUCCAAUUCCAUAGCGAAUAGCCUUAACUCGAAUUCCUUAUCGCGUCGCUCAAGCGAAAGAGAGAACCACCGUAUCCGAGAUUAUUCGGAUGAUGAUAGUAGUGGUGAGCGGGUUCUUAACAGUUACGCCACCAUCAGAUCUUCAGAGUGCACCCCCCAAAAAAGCUUGGGCCUCAAUGGGCUGAAAAACAUCGGAAAUACGUGUUUUAUGAAUAGUGUACUCCAAUGUCUGUCGAACACCAGGUGGUUGUUGGAGUAUUUAAAGAAAGACGGAUACAUCAAGGACAUCAAUACGAGCAUAUCUAGCAUGAAAGGAGCUCUCAUAAAAGCAUUUGCGGAAGUGAUUAAGGAAUUGUGGUCAGAAGAUGCAUCCGAUAGAGUAGUAAACACCGCUUCAUUGAAGGGGCAAAUACAACGAUUUGCUCCUCGAUUUAUGGGUUAUGCGCAACAGGAUGCGCAGGAGUUUCUACGCUACUUAUUGGAAGGUCUACAUGAAGACGUGAAUAGAGUUCAAGAGAAGCCAAAGCCUAUAUUAACAGAAAUCGAUGAAAAAUUAAGUGAUAAUGAAAAAGCGCAAGAAUCGUGGACAAGAUAUUUAAGAAUGGAUAACUCAAGAAUAGUGGAUCAUUUUGUAGGUCAGCUUAAGUCAACACUGAAAUGCACACACUGCGGGCACUGUUCAGUAACGUUCGAUCCAUUUUGGGAUCUUUCUCUUCCUAUACCACAGCGAACGGGUCAGUUGAGACUUUCCCAAUGUCUCGAUUCGUUCACUCGAGAAGAAACUUUGGAUGGCGAUGAAAAACCGACGUGUUCAAAAUGUAAAGAAAGACGACGCUGCACUAAAUCCUUCUCCAUACACAAAUUUCCAAAAAUAUUGGUCAUUCACCUGAAGAGGUUCUCUCCGACAGAGAGAUUUAGAGGCAAAUUAAAUGUAACAGUAGAUUUUCCAAUGGAGGGACUAGACAUGAGUCAAUAUGCAGCAGACAACGUUUCUCCUUGUAGGUACAAUUUAUAUGCGAUAUCGAAUCACAGCGGCACCACGUAUAGCGGGCACUACACAGCCUAUUGCCGACAUCCCUACACGGGGCACUGGCACGAAUACAAUGACUCGAGGGUGUCUUCAAUAUCUUCGAAAUCACUAGUUAGUGGGGAAGCUUACGUCCUCUUCUAUGAGCAAGAGGGUGCAAAAUCCCACCUUUAAGUCAAUAACGUUUUAGUUUUAUAAUGAAAUAUUUUUAAACCAAGGCUUUAUUUGGUUUUGCAAAAUUUAUUUAUAUACACUCAAAUAGAUUUAUUUAUAUUUCUCCUUGUAUAUUUUAUGUAUUUAAAAUUUUGUUUUAUAUAAAUUGUACUAUGCUGUCCGACCCUGGUGAUUUUUCCUUAGGACUCUUUACAAGUCUCUCGCUACGUAUGUAUCUUGUAUUAACGUUAACAGAUGCAGGGUACUAACAAUUAGAUUUAAAGGGUAUGCUUUUCCGAGAUUUACAUAUACAAGCCGUUGAAUGUGCUAGAGCGAAAAGUAAUCUUGGAAACAUUAAGAUUACUUUAUGUAGAUCGGUUCAUUUUGACUCACAUCAAAGACGAUUCUGUUGCUACUUUUUACAGCUAUUAGUCAAAACUGUCACCAGUUGAAUAAUACGUAUGUCAUUCCUAGAAAAGGUCCCUAUGCCGCUGAGAAAAAAAGCGAUCUGACAACACUGCCUUCACAACAACUCUCUCACUCUCACCCCACCACUUUCGUCUCGCUGCAUUGCUUAGUGUCGGCCUACCAGCCUUCGAAGAUGGAGGUCACGGUCUCAGCGCAAAUGUGAAAUUCAUGCUGUGAUUGAUAUCACUUAUUGACAUUCAUCGUGAGUUAAUCGUCGCUUAUGGGUAAAACAUGUUCGCAAAUGGUGUAGAGAAUUCGGUGAAAGCCGAACUGAAAUUCCUUCAGAUUCAUCGUGAAUUUCCGUUCGGCCUUUACUGAAUUCUGUACACCGUUUACGAACAUGUUGAACAGAUAUGAACUUUUACUUAUAAACUUCAAUUAAGUGACGAUGAAUGUCAAUAGGUGAAAUUCAUUUUGCAUUUAAAAACGUAUCAGCAUGAAUUUCACAUUUGCGGUAACAGCAACCGUGACCUCCAUCGUCGAAAGCUGCUAGGACGACACUGAGCAGUGCAGCGAGGCCAAAGCAGUGGGGUGAGAGAGGGGGAGACUUGAUGUGUAAGGCAGUGUUGCCAGAUUUCUCCCAGCACUUCGCACUCUUUCUCAGCGACAUAAAGUACCUUUUUUUAAGAAUGACCCUCGUACAUUCACGAAUGAUAAUACGUCGUUAUGCUUUACCUUAGAGUCAAAAUGAAACGAUAGUGUUUUGUUUUUACUAGAAAAGUCGUAAUUUCUGUCCAUUUUAUAAUCGCAAUGUAAUUUUAUCACAGAUACGUUUCUACAAGAUACAGAAUUUUGGAUUAUUACAGAUCAAUCCAUUCAUGUUUUCAUUGCACUUUGAAAAAAAUGUAAAUAUAUAUUUACUGCUGGGACCCAAUUGUAUAAUUGUUAAAUUAUUUGAAUUCACAAAGUCUAGUGGGACAAAAAUAAUGUAUGUGAAUAUUUUCGUGGGUCAUUAUAGAAGUUCCCAACAGUAUUAGACGUUCUUUAAAAAUUUCGCAAUUACGGCUUUUAUGUCGCAUAUGAUUGAAUAGUCACUAUAUUAUUAAACCUUAAACAUUUAAAGGCAUUUUAAGUUUUGAAAAUACGAAGAAGUUAAGGAGUGCCAUGUCUGAACUAUACAAAGGCUGAUGGAGUUGUCUAGCCUUUUGUUUUCACAAAAACCGUUGCACAAAGUUCAAUGAAUGUGCCGGCGUGUUGUCGUGAUAACUCAACUAGUCGCCACUCAUCCAAAAAUUAGUUUUGUUGUCAGUUGAUCUUAAAACUCAUUUAUUUAUAUUCUGACCUUCUACAUCGUAUUGAUGUUGUACAACACUUUCAUAAUCGAAAAAAAAAAUCAAGAUGGUCGCUAAGGUGGAAGCUUCCGUUGUGAAGACUUGUAAGUUUCUCUUUAAGCAUAUUGUUGUCAUUAGCGAGCAUUUCUAAAUUGUUCAGGGCGAUUUUUUCAAGCACACGUUUCAAAUAUUCUAUAUUUUCCGGUUUUGUUGUGUUGGAAAGUCGGCCAGGACGUAGGUCACUUAGACAGACAUUAUUUUAGUCAUAUUUUGCUUAUAUAUUCAUCUCCAAAUGAUUUUGCAAAACUUGCAAAUUUGUUGCCCGCAUCUCUUAGCCAUUUUCAGCGACAACAAAAUGCGAUAAACGUUUUGGCGAAGUUAUAAAUUUAUACGUCCACAAUAUCUUUACUUUCACAUUUAUGAGUACUACCAAUCAAAGAGUAGUUUUACAGUUGUUUAUGCUGAUAUUGCAGUUGAAAUGCUUAUAUUUUUUUAACAUUCCUAACAAUUGUAACACAAAAAUUUAUCACGUCGUUAUAUUUGUUGUAUUUAAAUGUAUAAGGGUAUAUUAUCUUCUUUCUGUACUAAAGAUUACUUUUAACAUUUUGUCAAUUGAUUCCAAUCUCUGUUUAUUCUAAUUCUAAUCAAUUUAUAUAAUGUUCUACACUGCAAAUUAUCAAUUUAGAAGAUAUAGAUUCUAGAUGUACUCUAGAAUUGAUAUUCAAGAAAAAUGAAAUGGAUUGCUCUGUAUGUUGCCUUUUUAUUUUUACUAUUUAUUUAUAUGUUGUUAAUAGAAUUAUAGGAUCGGAGAAAAUGUACUUAUUUUGUUUUUUGUUUUAUAUAUUUAUCUAGUCUAUUUUCAAGGUACAAGUUUGGCAAUGCAAAUUAAAAUGUGAAUCAUCCACAUUGUUAAAAAAAUAGUUAUAUUGUAAAAAUAUUCUAGAAUCAUAACAAGUACAUAUACGAAAAAAAAAAGAAUAAUCUCUAUUGUUAACUUUUUUCUUUUUAUUUACGUUUAUUAGAGAUGCAGAACGGGUGUUUUUUUACUUUCUUCUCUUUUUACUAUUCUGUUAAUAACACAGCAUAGCUGAACAAAUACACGAGUUAAAAUUAAUUGACACAUACACAGUAUCAAAAAUAAUUUGAGGUAGUUAUGCGCUUACAACAGUAGGAAAUAAUAGAAAUAUUUAAAACUA